AUUACUCUGAAUCUUUGCUUUCCUAGCUACUUUAUGGACGCAAUGCAUUUCAAAUUCUACCUAUUCUUAUAACCAAUACCUAUGGGUCAAAUGGUGCAUUGUGGUUUCAACUCUUUGACGAAAUUAUCGUGAAAUUAUAUCUUUUUGUUCGCCGAUAAACGACUGAAACUAGGACUUCCUCAUCAACUACAAUAAUCCUUGGCGCGCGUUUCUCGAGCUAAUCUGGUUAACUCCGAACGAGUUUAGAGGGUGCCAUUUUGGUUCGAAUGAAAUGACACUGAAGAAACUCUGCUGACAUCUGAAGUAACAACCUGCUGAUAUUGGGGGAAACGGUGUACAAAAUCCUAGAUGAAUACUCAUAGUCCAUCAAAAAUACCAUCAAAAACACUACAACCGAGGCAAAGCGGUGAUGAUGAUACCAAGCAAGAAACAACACUGACUUAUGAGGAUCUGUAUAAUUACUUGUACAGAAGGAAUGAAAUCAAAGCUAUAAACGUCAAUGAAAUCAACCAACAAAACAGAGGAAAACAAGCCACAGAAAUAUUCUGGUGUGAUGUUUGCCAACAUGAAAGCACUGCAGUCUGUGAGAAACAUAAGGCAGAAUACUCCAAGCCCAAAUCUAUCACGGACACAGAUAAAGAGUACAAACUGAGCUCCGCCAUUGCGUCGUUCCCAAACGAAGUCCAGCUGUGUCGCUCGAGUAUCCCUGGUUCCAAGUAUGGUGUCGUUACCAAAUGCUAUAUUCCAAAGGGGACUUGGCUUGGACCUUAUGAAGGCACCAAAGUGAGGCCAGAGGGUGUGACUCUUGGAACGGAUGCGACGUAUAUGUGGGAGGUUUUUCACGAAGGAAAGUUAUCCUUUUAUCUGGAUGGAAGCGAUGAAGACUCAUCCAGUUGGAUGAGGUUCAUAAGCUGUGCUCGUAACAGCACAGAACAAAACCUGUACGCCUUCCAGUAUUGUGGCAACAUUUACUACCGGGCUUUUAAAGAAAUACCCCCGGGUACAGAACUCCUGGUCUGGUACGAUGAAAUCUACCCGCACUUCAUGGGAAUCCCUUUGGAGAUCCAUGAAACAGAAGGAAUUUAUCAAAGAGCAGGUGAUCCCAACAAGAAGGACAACGAAGUCGUGGUAGUCGUACCUCCAUAUAUUCACGCUUCAUGCUCGCUUCAAGACAUACCCACUGCCCAUGCUCGGAUGGUAAAUCCCGCUUCAUCUCAGAUUAAUCCUGCUCUACCAGGUGUCUCUGCAGUGAAUUCUUAUGCCAGAACGUCUCAUCAAGCUUCUUCAGGGUUCAAUCCAGCCGACCUCCCUCUUGACGGGAGAACCAGGUCGUCAUGGCAACAGCCAGGACACAGCGUUGCCUCGCCUGUGCCAGUCUCACACAAAGAGCCGGGAGAAACUUCUGAAUUACUAAAGCGAAGAAAAAAACGAGCAAGCUUAAGAAGAGCACAGUUACCAUGGCAACACGCAGCCAAUGUACCUACCUCCCCCGGAUCUGAGCUGUUGCUAAAAAGACCAAAUAGUGGAGUAGAGGUGACCGGUGGACAACCGUUGCACUACCAAAGUACGCCGUYUUCAUCCCCCGGAACUCAAAUAGAGACACGAUCACUAGAAGAAAGCUUGACAUCAGGCAUGCCAAAGUCUGAUCCGUACAACUUACAUAUACAACUAGAUUCAAGUUCGGAACCAAGUCCAUCGCUAAGGAAUCGAAGCUCUUCAAAUCAUGAACGUGCUGGUAGUAGUGAUUCUUCCCCUGAGGCGAGGAUAAGGCCAGAAGGAAUCAACAACGAUGAUAAUGAAUUUCAAUGUGGACAGUGUGGAAAGACAUUUCCACAGAGGUCUGUUUUGCAAAUCCACGUCUGCCCCAAAGCACCGUAUAAACCGUAUCACUGUGGUCACUGUUCACAGCUUUUCUCUGAUCCAAACGAACUGCGGAACCACGCUAUUAUACAUAUCAAUGAGAAGCCAUUCAAGUGUGGCUAUUGUUCUCGCUCAUUCUCAGGUGCUACCACGCUCAAUAACCAUAUAAGGACACAUACCGGAGAGAAGCCAUUUGAGUGCAGUGUUUGUGGGAAAACGUUUUCACAGGCUUCUCAGCUUAGCAGACACGAAAAGAUACCUGGAGAUUGUGUUCGGAAAUAAUUCAUUAGUUAAUAAAAUUCCAGUGACUGUUUGUAUAGGAUAAAAUACAACAAUACAAAUGAUUGUCACAACGACGCCUCUCUAGAACCCUUUUGAAUCUAAUUGGUAUGGAUAAUACUUGAGUCUAAUAAAAUUACUAUUUCACA